CACAAACCGAACAAAAACUUGUCAAACUAAUUUUGAGCAUCUUAGCAUCGCGCGUCACUCGAAGAAGUGCAAUGCUUAAAGCUACCGGCACAGUGGCUCCGGCUAUGCACGUGGUGUUUCCCUGUUUUUCGAGUCGACCGCUUAUCCUACCUCUCCGGAGCACAAAGACCUUCAAACCUCUCUCAUGUUUCAAACAGCAAGGAGGCAAAGGAAUGAAUGGAGUCCAUGAGAUUGAACUUAAAGUUCGUGAUUAUGAAUUAGACCAAUUUGGUGUUGUGAACAACGCUGUUUAUGCAAACUACUGCCAACACGGUCAACACGAGUUUAUGGAGACUAUCGGUAUCAACUGUGAUGAAGUGUCCCGUUCUGGUGAAGCAUUGGCAGUUUCUGAAUUGACAAUAAAGUUUCUUGCACCUUUACGUAGUGGAUGCAAGUUUGUGGUGAAAACGAGGAUAUCGGGGACAUCUAUGACGCGCAUUUACUUUGAACAGUUCAUCUUUAAACUUCCAAAUCAAGAGCCUAUUUUGGAGGCAAAAGGAAUGGCUGUGUGGCUUGACAAGAGGUACCGUCCUGUUUGUAUCCCGUCUUACAUACGCUCUAAUUUCGGUCACUUCCAACGUCAACACGUUGUCGAAUAUUGAUCUAGGGCUCGACAAAAUAUUUGUUAUAUUUCGCUUUGGUAUGUUUUCUACUGCAAUUUGAUACGAAAAGAUAGACAUAUGUAAUGAUAUGGAGCAAAAGAUACACUAAUAAACUCAAUAUCCAUUCAUCAAAACGAAGCAAAUUACAUAUAGUCGGGAGAGGUGGACAGUUUUUGUUUUUUCUUAUAAUGUUUUUACAUGCAAUAUUUUAUAAUUAUUAUGUUUAAUUCUAGUAAACAUGAG